GGAAAAUCCGCUUGUACCUAGUUACUUUACUUAAAGUCUAGAUUUUUAAAAAUUUACUGAGCUGAGUGUAUAAAAAACUCGUCUUCUCUUGUGGAAGUUUAGCUGAGAAAAACAGCAAUGAUAGCUUUAGGAAAGAAUGAAGAUUCUCAUCAACAGAAAAUAGCAAAGAAAGCUGACGUUUUCCUUUGUGCAAAAGAUCAGAAGCGUCAAUUUACGGCUUUGCUAUCUUUUUUAGAGUUGGCGGAUGAGAAACAAGUUAAAACGUUCUUUGACAACUACUUUUCUCGGAUUUUUGGUUGUAUUUACGAUGCCUUCAUAACUUGUGAGGCAGCUUGCAGGCUAAGAGUUUUUAAGGAUAAAGAAAUCGGACAAGACUUGCUUAAAGAAUUAGAGGAAAUUUUAAAUGUUUUUGAGCUUGUGCUUUUAAAUUUAAAAACACUUACUGGACGCCUUUGGCAGUACCACAGCUUUUACAAUGUCAUCCGAAAAUUGACUCUUCCCGGCACUGCGUCAGAAUGGAGACUUAAAGGUCUUCGAUUAUUGUGGAUGUGGCUAUGUUGUACAGGAAAUGCUACGCCCAAGGAGUCAAUAGAGUUAUUUAUUGAAACUGUUCCAUUGUUCGAGUCAAUUAAGAAUGAAAGUUUAGAAUUGGAGGCAUUUCUCCCUGCAGGUUCCUCUAAAGUUGAUUCUCACUUAAAAGUUAUUACUGAAACAAUAUCACACUUCUUUGAGUAUUGCGACUCCUUGAUCAAUUCUGACCAAGCUGCUUAUACGUUCCUGAUGUCUUUGUUUACUAAACACCAUUUAUCGCGUCUUUACGGCGACAUCUCUAAAGGUUGCGGUCUUCUGCCCGAAAAGUUCGAAAAAGAGUGCUUUUCGACUUGCCCCGUUGCAAUAAACCUCAUACUCGCUAAAUACUUCUGUAAACUAAAAGAUGAAGAGUAUGUGCAUUGCAAAUUGCUUCCUGCCGUAUUUACAACGUCUAAACAGACCAUGUCAUUGCUGAAUGCAAUACUUCGUCAAAUUUUACUUUCCUCCCCGCCUAAUGAGGAAAAUACUUAUGACUUCGGCUUUCCGCUUUUAGUGUAUUCACGGUGGAGCCUUGCGAAUUCUCCGGAUCCUUUUAACUUUGAAAGCGCAGAUGACGAUGAGGACCAGUUUGUCACGUCAUUUGAUACAGACUCCCUUUCUUUCUGGACUAACUACACCCGUCAAGGACAACUAAGAAUCUACAUUCAGAACGCCAUGGAUGUGUUUAUUACGAUAUAUGAAACUGAGCACGUCAAGCAACAGGUGCGGGUUUGCUUGGACUCACUCUCUUUCAUAAAAGCCAUUGCAGCAGGACAUGGCUCUGAAGACAAUAAAAAACGAACAGCUUGCUCUAAGAAAACCUGGGCGUUCAUGCAACUAAAGUUACUAGAAGUGGUCGAAUGUUUAUAUAAAGAACACAUCUCGGAAAAGCAAACUGCCAACCAACCUUUGGCCACGUUUAUCGUUCGACCGAUCAUGGAGACUUUAUUUGUCGUGUUUAUUCUGUCCAAUGUGAAUAAUCCAAAUCCAUCGAGCUUUUGGUUGUUAUUCACUAGUACGAUUUCCAAGUGUCUUCUUUGGAAGGAUUUUGUACUCGGCUGGAAGAAAUGCAUGCACGUGUUGAGCCAACUGCUUUCGUUGCAUGUGUUUAAAAUUGACCAGCGAAAUUUGCCUUCCAAACUAUAUUUAACAAGGAAGGAUCGUUUUCGAAACGCGCCAACAGAUGAAGGUCCCAAGGAUGGCACUACCAUUUCUCAAAGUGCUUUGAAAAGCAACGCCUCUUCUCUUCCGCCGGAAGUAAAAAGUGAGGAGAAUGUUGCUUUUGCAUCUUUUAAUGAUCUGGAAGACUCUUCGAUUCCAUGGACUCCGCAAAUUGUUUACUUUAUUUGGAAGAAUAUUCUUACUUGCUUGGGCAACAUUAACGACUUAAAUGAUCCCUUCUGCUUCUCCGUUGCAUUGGACUGUCUAAGUGAAACGCACGAACUGUUGAAGUGUAUAGAAGCCAAUCAGGGGAUUCAAACUGAACACGACACAAAAGUUCCUAUAGUCCAGACGAAAAUUCCGCUUUACUUUUUUUUUUCAUGGGUCGUCCAAGCUUCCAACAAGCCCGACUCCUUUAAAACAGGCAUCUCUCUGCUGCUGCUCUUAUCUAUCUAUCGCAUUCCGUUAUAUAUACUAUUUUAA